AAUUUUGGUUUUUUCUUAUAGGUUUUUUUGUUGCGCACAAAUACUUCAUUCAUUGAUUUAAAUUGGGUUCGGUAAAAGGUUUCUAAGAGCAUAAUUAUCGCUGAAACCGGUGGCACAGUUUUUUAGGAUUUUUUUUGUUUGAAAAAAAAAAUUAAAAAACAAACCAAUCGCGGACUGCCACAUGUUGGGCCCCGCAAACAAUGCAAAAACCCUUCUAAAAUCGGUUUUUAUUUUGUGCUUUCUAUCACCAAUCCUUAACUUUUUGUGGGGAUCACUCAAAUAUUUAAUUAAUUUUUGUUAAGGAUCCCAUUGUUAAGGGUUUCCUUUAAUGAUGGUCUAAAGGCCUGUUUUGCUAGCCCAUCCUUAAAACACAAAGAUGAUCAAUUACAGAAACGGAAGGAAACAUAAUCAAAGGAAGACAAGAGGAUAGAGAUAUCAGCUAGAAUCCCAUGGGGAUCGGAUAUGUUUGGGUCAAAAAAAUUUGGUUUUUUCUUAGGUUAUUGAGUGCAAUUUAUGUUUAUGUAUUAAUUUUGGUGUUAAAAAAAUGACUUUAAAAAAAAAUUAGAAAUAGUUACAAUUGUUUGCCACAUGCAUCGAUUUGGUGAUGCAUCAAUUCUAAUCAUAGCUUCAGCCUUCAGCCUUCAGCCCUACGAUUUCAUUAUACGUAAGGCCAUAUUAUUUUCGAGCGGACAUAACAUCAAUUCUGACAAUUGCUUCAGUUUUUAGAAUUUCUGUUUGUUAAAAGGUACAUUACCUUGUGAUUCAAGUCUUCGGUAUCCGGCUAUUUGGAUUGAGAGUAGAAGAUGAAGACCGGUUCAGUAACUUGAUUUGUACCGGGAGCCGUAAACCAAGUGAAGACCUUCUAGUCGCGAUAGCGGGUCUGAUCAUCAUCAACGGUAUAAAAGAGUCGUUGUUGACUCAUCUUCUUGUAACAGAAUAGAGAGAGAAAGCGUGAGAGAGAAAGUGUUCUUCUCAUCGCCAUUGUAGCUCGUGAUUGAGCUUGGAUUCUUCUUCUGAGUGUAUUGCCAGGAUUGAUCUGGCCCCAGUGAGUAACUCCUCACAUCGAGGACGAACACUGGGUGAACAAUCUCUCGUGUCUCUGUUUUGCAUUUCUUUACAUCUUUCUUUCAAACGAGUGACAAAGAUCGAGAGUGGUGUGAGGUUUCAGUUGAUCGUUGACGAAUUGAAUCGUAACAAAGUGGUAUCAGAGCGCAGGCUCAAUGAUCAACCCGAUGAAGAAUCCGAUCAUCGGAAUCUUUGACGGAACCGGAGAUUUCUCCUUAUGGAAGAUAAGGAUGAUGGCGCAUCUCGGUUAUCUCGGCUUGAAAGAGGUCCUUACAGAUCCGAAGCUGGAAAAGCAAGUUCCGUUAUCGAAGAGCGAAGAGAAACAAGUGCAGGUUGAUGGCGAUGAGAAGCCAUCAUCAGAACCUCUGGUAAAGAAUGUUCCUGAUCCUUCGAUGAUUGAGAAAUCGGAGAAAGCGAAGAAUCUCAUAGUGAUGAAUCUUGGUGAUAAGGUUCUUCGUAAGAUCAAUGCAGAUGCGUCUGCUGCUGAGAUCUGGGCUCUAUUGAAUCAUCUGUAUAUGGAAAGUUCCUUGCCUAACCGUAUACAUCUGCAGCUGAAGUUUUACACCUUCAAGAUGGCUGAGUCUAAAAGCAUAGAUCAAAAUGUGGAUGAUUUCUUGAAGAUUGUUGCAGAGCUAGGAAGUUUGCAGGUGGAAGUAUCAGAUGAAGUACAAGCGAUACUAUUGCUUACCUCACUGCCUACAAACUUUGAUCAACUAAAACAUACGCUGAAGUAUGGAAGAGAGUCACUAUCUCUUGAAGAGGUCAUAUCAGCAGCAAGAUCAAGGGAACGUGAAGUCACUGAGUCGAAGUCAGAACGUGACUCUGGUGGUUCAGCACUGUACUCUAAUGACAGAGGAAGAUCAGGGUCUAGAAGUUACAAAGACUCUAAGAGCAGGAAAGGUCGAGGAAGAUCUAACUCUAAGUCUCGGUUGACUUGCUGGUUUUGCAAGAAAGAAGGACACAUCAAGAAGGAUUGCUUUGCUAGGAAACGGAGUGAAGGGGAUGAUCAGGGAGAAGCAGGGGUUAUAACUGAGAAGUUAGUAUUCACAGAAGCACUGAAUGUAGAUCAUCAGGAUGCAAAAAGUCAGUGGGUUAUUGAUUCAGGCUGCACAUUUCAUAUGACUUCUCACAAGGAAUGGUUGCUUGACUUCUGUGAGAAGGAUCCUAUGAUGAUUCUACUUGGAGAUGAUCAUACUGUGGAAUCAAAAGGUUAUGGCACAGUCAGGAUUAACACGAAUGGUGGUACUAUCAAAGUACUAAAGAAUGUCAGAUAUGUUCCAAAUCUCAGGAGAAACCUGAUCUCUACUGGAACACUUGAUAAGCUGGGGUAUUCUCAUCAAGGUGGAGAUGGUAUACUGAGUUUCUUCAAGAAUGAGAAGUUGGCGUUGCGUGGAAUUCUGAAGAAUGGGUUGUACUUACUUGAUGGUGGAACUGAAGCAAGUGAAAGUUGUAAUUUGGAAGUUCAGUUAAGCAAGACGGCUCUAUGGCAUAGCAGGCUUGGCCACAUGAACUUGAAUAGCCUGAAGACUCUAGUUGGUAAAGGUCUGAUUGCAAAGAAAGAGAUCACAGACUUGAGUUUCUGUGAACAUUGUGUUCUUGGGAAGUCCAAGAAACUGAGCUUCAAUGUGGGAAAGCAUAACACAGAAGAUGUUCUAGGCUACGUUCAUGCUGACUUGUGGGGAUCUCCAAAUGUAACUGCAUCUCUCUCAGGAAAACACUAUUUCCUGUCGAUUAUUGACGAUAAGUCCAGGAAAGUUUGGCUUAUGUUUCUAAAGUCAAAAGAUGAAACCUUUGAGAGGUUUUGUGAAUGGAAGGAACUUGUGGAGAAUCAAGUUAACAAGAAGGUUAAAGUGUUGAGAACCGACAACGGUUUGGAAUUUUGUAACCGGAAGUUCGAUGAAUAUUGCAGGAAGCAGGGAAUAGAACGUCAUCGAACCUGUACCUAUACUCCUCAGCAAAAUGGAGUUGCUGAGAGGAUGAACAGAACAGUGAUGGAGAAGGUGCGUUGUAUGUUAAGUGAAUCAGGCUUGGGUGAGGAGUUUUGGGCUGAAGCUGCAGCAACAGCUGCUUAUAUUGUGAAUCGAUCACCAUGCACUGCAAUCGAUCACAAUGUUCCUGAAGAGGUCUGGUUAGGGAGAAAGCCCGGCUAUCAACACAUGAAGCGUUUUGGGUCUCUAGCCUUUGUCUAUCAGGAUCAAGGGAAGUUAAAGCCUCGAGCCUUAAAAGGUGUAUUUCUUGGUUAUCCUCAAGGUACAAAAGGAUACAAGAUCUGGCUACUGGAUACUGAAGAUUGUGUUAUUAGUCGCAAUGUAGUAUUUCAAGAACAAAAGAUGUUCAGGGAAGUAAGUGGUCAAGUACAAGAGGCUCAGGAAGUUGAGCAGAAUGUCACUCAACACAGUCUACCUGAGACAGUACAGAACAAGUCUGUGGAGAGUGAUGACACUGGAGAAGGUGGAGCUUCUACAUCCGAUACAACUCAUACAGAGGAUGUGCCUACAUCAGAUGUUGAGGAUACAGCAGCUGAAGAUGUGGUUGAUUUGGCAAGUUACCAACUAGCCAAAGAUCGCAGCAGAAGAGAACCUGUUCCACCAGCUUGGAUGGCAGACUACUCGAACAUUGCGUGUGCAUUAGUAGCUGCAGAGGAGAUUGAGUCAGAGGAACCUGGCUGCUAUCACGAUGCUUUGAAGGCAAAAGAUUGGGUGUUGUGGAAUGGCUCCAUGACUGAUGAGUAUGAGUCACUCAAGAAGAAUGAUACAUGGGAUAUUGUUGAUAGACCCAAGAAUAAAACUGUGAUAUCAUGCAGAUGGCUGUAUAAGAAGAAGCCUGGAAUCCCAGGAGUGGAAGAUCCACGGCACAAGUCAAGACUUGUGGCUAGAGGGUUCACUCAACGAGAGGGAAUUGAUUAUGAAGAAGUGUUUGCACCAGUGGUAAAACACAUAUCAAUUCGAGUACUAAUGUCAGUAGUUGUGAAUCAUGAUUUGGAGUUGGAACAAAUGGAUGUGAAAACAGCUUUCUUACACGGUAAUCUUGAGCAAGAGCUAUACAUGGAACAGCCUGAAGGGUUUGAAGUAAAUCCUGGUAAAGACCAAGUCUGCUUACUCAAAAAGUCAUUGUAUGGGCUGAAGCAAGCUCCAAGACAAUGGAACAAACGGUUCAAUUCGUUUCUGGUGUCUCAAGGUUUUAUCAGAAGCGAUUCCGACUUGUGUGUGUACAUCAAGGAAGUUGGUCCAGAAGACUAUGUGUAUCUCCUGUUGUAUGUCGAUGACAUGCUCUUGGCUGCCAAGCAGAAGUCUGAGAUUCAGAAGUUGAAAGAUGUUUUGAGUAGUGAGUUUGAGAUGAAAGAUAUGGGGCCGGCAAGUAGAAUACUUGGGAUUGACAUUAAACGUGACCGGGAACAAGAUACAUUGAAGCUGUGUCAAUCAGGAUAUAUCCAGAAGGUCCUUAAAAGGUUCAAAAUGUCUGAGUCUAAAGCGGUUGCUACGCCUAUGGGAUCUCAUUUUAAGCUUGCUUCAGUGAAGAAUGCUGAUGAACGUAUAGAUACAGAGAAGGUCCCUUAUUUGAGUGCUGUUGGGAGUGUGAUGUAUGCAAUGGUUGGGACUCGACCAGAUGUGGCUUAUGCUCUCGGACUGGUGAGUCGCUUCAUGAGCAAACCUGGAAGUAUUCAUUGGGAGGCUGUGAAGUGGUUACUGAGGUACUUAAGAGGUUCAGCUGAUCUAAACCUGAUCUAUACAAAAGGUGACGCUGGUCUUAGAGUUCAAGGCUACACAGAUUCUGAUUUUGGUGGUGAUUUGGAUAAACAGAGGUCUACAAGUGGUUAUGUUUUCACAGUUGGUGGGAACACAGUGAGCUGGAGAUCGAGUAUUCAACCUGUGGUAGCCUUGUCCACAACAGAAGCUGAAUAUAUUGCUUUAUCAGAAGCCAUAAAGGAGGCGAUUUGGAUUAAAGGAUUACUUUGUGAAAUGGGUUUUGAGCAACAGAAGGUGUCAGUUUGGUGUGACUCGCAAUCUGCUGUAAGCUUGUCGAAGAACAAAGUGUUUCAUGAACGUACCAAGCAUAUGGCUGUUAAGUAUGGCUUUGUCAGAGACAUUGUGGAAGGAGGUGAGAUAGAAGUAUUGAAGAUACAUACAUCUUGGAACCCCGCUGAUAUGCUAACAAAAUGCAUACCAGUGCAGAAGUUUGAGGCGGCUUUAGAGCUGCUCAGACUGACCAGUUGAUAAUGAGAAUGGUCAGUAUAGCCAGAGGUUAAAUCCAAGGAUUGGCGAUACAUAAGGAAGAAGAAGAAGAGCAGAAGCAUUAGAAGACUUAAAUCAAGGUGGAGUGUUAAAAGGUACAUUACCUUGUGAUUCAAGUCUUCGGUAUCCGGCUAUUUGGAUUGAGAGUAGAAGAUGAAGACCGGUUCAGUAACUUGAUUUGUACCGGGAGCCGUAAACCAAGUGAAGACCUUCUAGUCGCGAUAGCGGGUCUGAUCAUCAUCAACGGUAUAAAAGAGUCGUUGUUGACUCAUCUUCUUGUAACAGAAUAGAGAGAGAAAGCGUGAGAGAGAAAGUGUUCUUCUCAUCGCCAUUGUAGCUCGUGAUUGAGCUUGGAUUCUUCUUCUGAGUGUAUUGCCAGGAUUGAUCUGGCCCCAGUGAGUAACUCCUCACAUCGAGGACGAACACUGGGUGAACAAUCUCUCGUGUCUCUGUUUUGCAUUUCUUUACAUCUUUCUUUCAAACGAGUGACAAAGAUCGAGAGUGGUGUGAGGUUUCAGUUGAUCGUUGACGAAUUGAAUCGUAACACUGUUGUGUCCAGCUUGCAUGGUGGAUACGAUUCGAGUUUAUAAUAAGAAAAGGCAAUUGUUGUGCCGGUACUUUAGGAAAACAUGUUGCAAGAACUAGUUUGACAUAUGAAAUGUAUUAAGUCCAACUUUAUAUUUUUUUUUAUGUGCUGCAAAACGAUAUAAUAAGUGCACGAAGUUUGAGACCGUAACAAGUUCCUAUUUGAAGAUAAGACAGUUUCUCCGGAAAAUACUAUGACGACAGCCAUAGUAGUGGCUAAGGAGUGGGCAGUGAAUGUUAUUGGAGAGAAGGUGUCUUCUCAAAAGAGACUACGAGUUCUGGAAGAUCAAACAAAUGCAGAGGUCUACGUUCGCACUGAUGCAGCAUGGAGAAGCGAAGAUAAAGCAGCAGGACUCGGAUGGACAAUUCAAGACACGAGGCAGGGAGCCUCCUUCAAAGGCUACCAGAAGCGAGUCAACUCGGCACUCCUUGCAGAGAGUCUCGCCUUGCGUGAAGCCCUUCUCAUGUGUAAGGAAAUGGAAGUGACUAACCUGAGAGUCGAAAGUGAUUCAUCUGUACUGAUCAAGGCAGCUAGAGGAACAGAACCUGUAGCAGAGCUCCAUGGAGUCAUAUCAGACAUCAGAUUACUAUCUUCUUCCUUUCAAUCUAUAUCUUUUGGUUGGAUCUCUAGAGAUCAAAAUGGUGUAGCCCAUAAACUGGCAAAAGAUGUUUUGUAUGUAGGUGAUACUUUUAUGGCACCCACCUAACAUUUGCUAUGGCAUUAAUGAAAGUAAUUGUCCAAAAAAAAAUGCACGAAGUUUGAAGGUUCUUUUUUUUUACGAAACAAAUAUUAGAAUUAUGAUUUUUGUAGAGACUAAUGGAUUAUGGGUCAUAUUUAAAGACUCUAUGCAAGAAUAAAAUAUUUUACAUUAGGUGUUUCGAUAUAAUUUAAGUAGUACAUAAAAGAUUUGGGCCAAUCGAUUGGUUUAAAAUUGAAAGCCCAUUAAAUUUAAUAUGGUGUCGGAACUACUAAACAAGUCUAAUAAAAAUAUUGAGAACCGAUCCACACACUUUUCUAAUCUAGUCCAUAAGUGAUUUGUGUUCUCGGACCCGAUAAUAAUAGUCUGAGAGGUUAAGGGUUAGAAGAGUUAUUAUCUUGAGAGAGGACAUUGAGAUUAUACUGAGAAUAAUGGAUCAUGGAUCUUAAUCUUUAAAAAGUCUAUGUAAGAAUAUAAGCUCACAUAUUGGGAGUUUUGAUGAAACUUAAAUAAAUAAUAUAUAAGAGAGUGAGUCAAUUCAAUGAUAACCAAUUAGUUUAAAGUUGAAAGUCCAUAAAACUUAUUAAAAGUCAAUUUGAUUUGAUCAAUACGUGUUAUUUCAGUUUCUCAAGUUGUUAGUUUGUGUGUAAUGCGGUCGUAGGUUAACCACUCGAGUCGUGAAUUCACAUAAAAUAUGUUGUUGCAAGGAAAUAAAAAUAAAACUGGCGAAAAUGUAAUUUUAUUGAAGAUGAACUAGAAUAUUACAUGUCAAACCAACGAAACACACAUGUAAUUAAAACAAAAGUACUUAAAACAUAUUUUUAUUGAAACUUAAAUAACCGAAACAUCAACAUGGUUGAGACCGGCAGACCGCUAACGAUGCUCACAAAUCACUCACUCUGUGUCUGAUUCAGAUCAAAGUCCUUGACGUUUGAGGAAGAACCCAUCUCAGCUGUAGGCAUGGCAACAGCAGCAGCAGCAGCAGCAGCAUCAGGAACAACAGAGGUGGAGGACGAUGCAUGGUCCUUCAUAAGAACCUGGAUCCUACGAUUAAGACCUUUGAUAUACUGGUCAAUAACACCACCCAAAUCACGAAGUUCAUCCUCAUCAAGAUUACAUGGCGCAUUAUCGCCACGGAGACAAUCGUACAUGACCUCCUUCAUCGCCAACUCUUUGUUCUCCUUCGCGACCUUCUUGCAACUCUCAGUUGCUUUGGUGAUCCUCUGUUGGAUAAACUGCUCUUGGUUCAUCAUCUUCUUGGUCUUUUCAACGAGCGACAACUUUUCCCAUUUGACCAGCAUGUUUCCCAUAGCUUGUCUCGAUGGAGGGAACACCUCAGGGACCGAGUUGUACUCGCUCUGGACGAAUACGGCUAUUGGGACGUCACAGAGAGUUGAUAACUCCAAGGCUUUCUUCAUGAUGCCUCCUUUUCUUUUCCUGAAAGUUGUCUUCCUUGAGGUCUCAUUCUCUAUGUAAGCCAUCUUCACCCUGUUUCUUGUCAUGACUCUUUUGUUUGUGUUUGUUUGUUUUUGUGUCUUGUAAAUUUCAAUGUGGGGUAGUGUUCUUUAUAUACACAUCCACACAUACAUAUACCAAUAUCAUACCAUUUCAGGGUCAAAAGAAAUAAAUAUAGCUUUGAAAGUAAGUUUUGUAUUCAUAUAUGGUUAUAUUUACAGGGUCAUAGCCAAACACUAUUAGUUUGUAUAUAUAUGGUAUGUUCCCUAUAUAGUAUAGAAAUCUAGAACAAAAUAUUCAUUCAUAUAGAAAAUAUAAAAAAAAUAUUCAUAUUUAUGACAUACAACAAAACUUAUUGGUUUGUAUAUAUAUGGUAAAAAAUCUAAAACAAAAUAUGGUAGAUGAUCUUUGACUAAAAGUAAGCUAAAAUGGAUCUUAUUCCUAAUCCAAAUUAAAGUAUAAUUAAAUGUUUCUUUUCUAAUAAAAAUAACUAAAAUGUAAAAUAAUGACAAAGGAAAGAAAAACAAUUUAGAGCAUGACUGGUUCAAACACAGCGGUUGCGGUUACGGGUGCAGGAGUUAGUGGAAACGGGUGGUUGCGGUUUUAAGCAUUAUUAAGUGUUUCAUAUGACAGACACAACAUUUGAAAUUGUUGCGUGUGCGGGUAAUUUUUGGAUGGUUUACCCACAUAUGCAAAAAUAAUUAAUAAAACAAUAUUUAAUAAACAAAAAUAUUAAUUACAAAUAAUGAUAAUUUCAAAACCAAAUAAUAAAUAUAAAAUUAUAUUUAUAAACCAUAUUUUUAUAAUAAAUAUAAAAGUUAUAUUUAUAAAAUAAUGGUAUUAAACUUAUAUAUAUUAGUAUUUAUAUUAUCUCAAUUUUUAAAAUUUAUUUAUUUAUAUAUUUCUAUAAUUUUAAUAAAAAAUAAAAAAAUUACUCUCUUAAGUGUGGGCAACCGGCAACCAAUUUUGAAUUUGAGAAGUUUGGAACGCGGUUUGUAGUUUUUUUGUGAUUGUUGUAAAAUACUAACAAAUUCUACUAAUUGCAAAAACUGUGUUUGCGGUUGGUAUCGGUGAAACCAGUCCGACCCUUAAAUUCACGAGAAAGUUAAGGUUUGUUUUAAUGUUUGUUGUUUACGUAAGAAAAUAUUUUCGUUAAAAAAAAGAAGAAGAUAUUAGUAAGAGCUCAUUUUAGGCCCAAUUUAAAUUAAAAGUCCAUAUUCGCGUCUUUCAUUUCCUCCUCCUCGCUGCUUUCUCCGACGCAUUUCGCUUCUCCGUCAUCGCCGAACGAGUUUGAUUCGUUGGAGUCUCGAGAGAAUCGUCCUUUGAGUGUUAAAGGUUUGUAAAGCUGAUAUAAGAUUUGUUCGUUUCUUCAGGAGGAAGCCAUGAAAGUCAAGCUCUUGCGUGGCAUGCGGUUGCAUCAUGGACAUGGGAUGCUCAAGAUGAGACAUGUGGGAUAUGUCGUAUGCCAUUUGACGGUUGUUGUCCUGACUGCAAACUCCCUGGAGAUGAUUGCCCUCUAAUUUGGGGAGCUUGCAACCAUUCGUUUCAUCUCCAUUGUAUAUUGAAAUGGGUUAAUUCACAGACGAGUCAAGCUCAUUGCCCUAUGUGCCGUAGAGAAUGGCAAUUUAAAGAGUAAGAAGUGGAGACAGAGAGUUGUGCCUUAAUUAGAUAUCUAGCUUUGGUUUCCCUCUUUAAAGGUGUGUUGGAACAUUGUUUCGAAUUCAAUACGACCCCCAUCGAUUUUAAUGGAUAUAAGUCUUCACUUUGAAAAUGUUGUCCGAGUGUUUGAUA